CUCAUAAUAACUAAACUGAGGUUUGUUCUUUUAUUUCUUGGUUUAUAUUAUAGAUGAUCAAUACCUUAGCACUUUUCCUUUCACCAGAAGAUAGAGCUAAAUCCUGUCAUGCACGGAAACAACAUCGCUACAUACCGGACCUUUUCUUGCAGGGGAUUUACACGCCUAGCAUUGGGAAACCCACUCAAUCGCAUUCUGGAGCGGGCGUUGACCAUGAAACAGGAUUACCUAACCCUUAUUCAUCAACUCGAAGAUCUGACCGGACAGGACGGCUCUAUCAUAUUCUUUCUUCACCCUUUCCAACCACUAUUGUUGAUACUGUACGUUUCAAAGUAGAGCAAACAGAGCGAUUCCCUAAUUAUGCACGUCUACGGUCCGAUUAUCGCAAAGAUCAAGUGAAGACUAUAGUGGAUCGAACGAUCAGUCGGGUGAAUGCCUGGAAUGCAGCAUCUGCGUCUAAUCAAGCUGGAUACCUAUAUCAGGGAUCCAUGAUCCCCCCCCAAAACUUUCAACGGAACAGCAAUACUUCUGGUGGUGGCAGUGGUGGCGGGGGUGGUGGCAAUGGUGGGGGCGGAUCUGAUUCAGGAGGAUUCUGGGGUGGAGGUGGAUCGAGACGAGAAAACAAUUGGACUAGUAUAGAAUGGAGAGGACAGAAAGUCGUUAAGCCUGUCCAAACCUCUGCACCCAUGGUGGAGAAUUUGGUCCGUUGUGUUGUAGGCCUACCGAUUGAGAUGCGCGAGGGCUUUGUUAGGCAGUGGAGGAGGGGAUUAGUGAAGAAAGCUUCAGCUCUUGUUAAAUUUGUCAAGAAAGAAGGUCUUGAGCUUGCCGAGCAAUUGGAGCAGCAAAAGCGUCAGAAAAGCCGAGUAUUACCAACAGAUCAUGAUUCAGCCAAUGCGGAUGAAACGACUGCACGAUUAUCACUGCAAGCUAUUUUUCAGCAGAUGGGUAUGGAGUCAAGUGAUCUAAGUAUUGUUCUUGGUACAGCAGAGAGAUUGCUUCCAUCUAUCACCGAGUUUGUCAGCGUUCAUUUAGGAGUCGAAUGAGGAAAGAAAAAAACGAAACAUUAGACAAAAGAAUACAUCAAGCUCAAUGACCAUCAACAUUCUCAUUUUAUAUCAAACUGCAUUUUUUUUUUUUUUUUUUUUUACACUUUUUGUACACUCUUUUCCUCGGCACGAUUUUUUUUUAAUAUCACUUAAUUUUUUUUCCCUACUCCACUCUCACUUUCUUUCUUCCUCUUAAUGAAAGAUGUCCAUUAAAGAAAUAAACUGCGCAUAUCAUACCA